CAGAUGCUGUGGCCAGGGAACCACUCGAGACGCUCACUUUGCAUUUGCACCUGCACCGCGCACUCGAUCUCAUGGGCUGGCAAGGCUACGUCAUCGCGGGCAUCGUCUUCCUCUGCGCCGUCUACGCCUUCCACGGCAUGUACCGUGUCGCCAAGACAUUGCCGCUCGUCUCGCUGAGCGCGAUCCAGUACUCGUCGGGCGCGCACUUUAAAGGCCUCUUUGCCUUUCGCGUCGUGGUUGCGGCGCUCUACAUCACGACGAUCAUCUAUCAGCUCACGCACCAAGAAGGCCGUGCGUUCACCAUGUACACGGUCUGGAACUUUACGCUCCAAAUGGUCUACUUCCUCUGGGCCAUCAAGGUCCAAGUGGCCGAGUGGUGUCACGUGGGGUCGUCGUCACUGGUGCCCAUGACGCGCGAGCGGCAAUGGCUCUCGACACUCUUCACGGUCGUCUUCUCCACGAGCUUCCUCGUCGCACUCGUGUACUGGUCGGUCAUCUACAAGACGUCGACGUGGUGGGUCGGCUACAUGGAGCACGCGGGCAACAAUGCGAUUCUCAUUCUUGAGUUUUGCUUGAACCAUAGCUUUAUGGUGCGCGCCGACGCGCCGUUCGCGGCUCUUUGGCCGGUUUUGUACGUCACGGUCAUUUGGAUCUGCAAGGCGACGUUUUUGGAGAAGUGGCCCUAUACGUUUAUGAACCAAGACAAGGCGAUCGCGCCCGUCAUGUACCUCGGCGUCAUUGUCGCCCACAUUGCGUGCUUUGGCUUUGUGCUUUUGCUCGCCAAGGCCAAGACCAAGUACCUCCCCAGGCGCUGCCACAUUCUCGCGGACAUGACCAAGGAAGACGUCGUCUACAGCCACUGCCAGUCGGCCAAGGACGAGCUUGUCGCGAGCCACGCCUAA